AUUUGGCACCAAGCUGAAAUCCUCCCAUUCAUCCUGCUGCUAUAUAAAAGAGGAGACGAGCAGCUUCUGGUACUCAUCAGGUCAGCUGAGGGGCUCGCUGUUACCAAGUGCUUUGCGCUGCGACUGAGACGGGACGAAGAUGGCACCAACCAAGAAGGGGAUCCUGGAGCGUCUGAAUGCCGGAGAGAUUGUAAUCGGUGAUGGAGGUUUUGUGUUAGCUCUGGAGAAGCGGGGCUACGUGAAAGCUGGGCCAUGGACUCCGGAGGCUACUGUCACUCACCCUGAAGCUGUGCGACAGCUGCACAGGGAGUUCCUCAGGGCGGGAGCCAACGUCAUGCAGGCCUUCACAUUCUACGCCAGCGAUGACAAACUGGAGAACAGGGGUCAGGCACUGAAAAUCACUGGAGCACAAAUCAACGAGGCUGCUUGUGACCUGGCGAGGGAAGUUGCCAAGGAAGGAGACGCACUGGUAGCUGGAGGAGUGGCCCAGACUCCGUCCUACCUGAGCUGCAAGAGUGAGACGGAAGUGAAAGCCAUCUUUAAGAAACAGCUGGACGUGUUUGUCAAAAAGAAUGUGGACUUCCUGAUUGCCGAGUACUUUGAGCAUGUGGAGGAAGCAGGGUGGGCUGUUCAGGUGCUGAAGACCAGCGGGAAGCCAGUGGCCGCCUCUCUGUGCAUCGGACCAGAGGGAGACAUGCACGGCGUCUCACCCGCAGAGUGUGCCAUCCGGCUGGUGAAAGCUGGUGCCCAGAUUGUGGGAGUCAACUGCCACUUUGACCCCCUGACCUGUGUGAAGGCUGUUAAGAUGAUGAAGGAGGGAGUGGAGAAGGCCGGGCUGAAGGCUCACUACAUGGUGCAGCCGCUGGCGUACCAUACUCCCGACUGCAACUGUCAGGGAUUCAUCGAUCUGCCUGAAUUCCCCUUUGCCCUGGAGCCCAGAAUCCUGACCCGCUGGGACAUGCAUCAGUACGCCAGGGAGGCCUACAAUGCUGGCAUCCACUACAUCGGAGGCUGCUGUGGCUAUGAGCCUUAUCACAUCAGGGCUGUGUCAGAGGAGCUGGCCCCAGAGAGGGGCUUCCUCCCUGCUGCAUCAGAGAAACAUGGAUUGUGGGGUGCUGGUCUGGAGAUGCACACCAAACCCUGGGUCAGAGCCAGGUCCCGACGCGAAUACUGGGAAAACAUCCGACCUGCAUCUGGUCGUCCCAAGUGCCCGUCAUUAUCCACACCGGAGAGCUGGGGAGUGACCAAGGGCCACAGUGACCUGCUGCAGCACAAAGAGGCAACUAGCACCCAGGAAAUGAAGCACGUGCUGGAGAAGCAGAAGAAGGUCAAAACGUCUGCAUGAACAUCAUGCACUAAAUAAAUAGAAAUGUGUCUGACUCUUACGUCAACAUGACAGAGUUUUUCACUUUAGUCCAGAAGCAACGCUCCAGUGGAGGAGUCUUAAAAUGACAACCCCUGAAACAAUAAAAUCUGAGUUUGUU